GCAUACAAUCAAAUGAAAUCUAAUACGCGCGCUUACAAAAUACAACCGAUUAAACAGUCUGGCUGACGUUGACAUAUUUUUUUUUGUUCAUUACAUUUCAUAAUAUGAUUUGAUGUAAAUAUACAGCGCACAAUACAAUAAAAGAAUAUCAGAUUCGGCGAAUGCAACCAAUUAAUAUCGAACUGGUGGCUACGAUGUAUAUUUUUUUUUGGUAAUUUUGUUUGUAUAUGUUCGUGAGUGAGUAGAAUGUGAAUUCACACACAAUAUAGCGUCCCCAACGAAUUCUUGUUUCAGAACAGAACAAGUGACAUUUGCACACAAACUAUAGUUUAAAAUGUGCACGGACCAAUAAAUAAAGUAUUUGGGCUAUUGAAGAUACGAUUGAACGCAACAUAGAGCAAUUAUGUUGUGGAAGAAGGAAACAAUAAAAAAAGAUUCACCGUUCACCAAUCUUCUUGCAAAAUAUGAAUACGAAAAUAUAUUUCGUUUGUUGGACGAUUCGAGCGGCUCGAACAAUGCAAAAAAAUUGGUGAAAAAUGAAAAACUAGCCAAUCACUAUCGUAAAAAAGGAAUGGUUGAAUCGGAAGCAAAAAAUUGGACGAAUGCCAUUGAAUUGAUAAAUGAAGCGCUGUGUUUCGCCAAGCGUGGAACUGAAUCGAUGGGUUGUGGGUAUGCAGAACGAGCGGCAUGUUUUCUCAAUUUGAAAAUGUACGACCGAUGUCUUGUCGACAUCAAAUUGGCCAGAGCAAACAAUUGUCCGUCGAGAUUUUUGCCACGUUUGAAAAAAUGGAGUGAUGAAUGCAAAAAGAUGCUAAAACUAUCAUUGCCUGACGACCAACAUGAAAUGCACGAACCGCAGCUCAGUUUUGAUGCCAACGAACAAUGUCCGUGCACAGCAAAUGUUAUUCGAAUCGAAAAUAGAAAAACCGACGACGAUGAACAGCAUCGCGAACGUUGCAUUAUUGCAACCCAUGACAUUGGUGUAGGUCAAACGGUGCUCGUUGAAGAUGGAUUCGUUUGGACAACAAGUGAAAAGUACAAACGAUGCACAAUUUGCUUGAAAACAAUGACGAAUUUGAUUCCAUGUGAAAAUUGCACCGAUUCCUUAUUGUGUGCUGGAUCAUGCGAAAAAACUGAACUACAUCAAAUCGAGUGCGCGAUGGAUUUGCGAGUGAAACAUAUGAAUGACGAUGUCAAUUUGGGCUUGGUUGUUCGAUCAAUUUUGAUGGCAUUGCAUUGCAUACCGAAUUUGAGUGAAUUAAUUAAGCAUGUUGAUCGCAUUGUAUCUGGUGAAGGCACUGCAUUGGAUUCGGUUUCAACGGAUCUAUCAAGGUAUACCGUGUUCUUGGAAAAUGGACUGAAAUGGCAAUGGCCCAAGAAAAAGGAAAAAAUCUAUUUGCGUUACAUAAAGCGCAUUUUCGAUGGUUUCAUGGACAAAGAUGAUUUUGAAAAGUUAUUUGGAACGAAAGCACACGAACGAUUUUUAAUGCAUUUGAUUGGACAUCACAUAUGUGCACUGCAAUAUGCUGCAAAUAAUAGCAACAUUGGUCACAAUUGUGGAACAACCAUUUAUGCAAUAGUCGGCGGUUUCUUGGGUCAUAGUUGCAAACCAAACGCAGUUCUAGUCACAUCAGAUCGUAAAACUGUUGCAGUUACAAUUCGGCCGAUUGAAAAAGGCGAGGAGAUUACCAUAUCCUAUUUGCAAGACGACGAAUUGGAUCGAUCGAGCAAAUAUCGUCGAAAGUGUUUACUUGAACGAUAUAAAAUUCAAUGCAAAUGCCAACGAUGCACAACGCCAGCGACCAUUGCAUACAAUUCAAAGGCGUCGUUGACACAACAGCUGAGAAUGGAACUACGGAACGUAUCGUAUCGUGACCCAAAGAAGCAAGCGAAAAGACGAAAACUCACACAAAACUGUGUGAAAUACCUCAACACCAAUGGCCGUGCAAGAUGGAACGAUGACAUGAGCUUGGUUUUACAUACGUACAUACAUUUACUUCGCAUUAAGUAUUAUUUAAAUUUGACGUACUGAUUGGGCACCAAGUGCCAAAAUGAUUCAGUCUCUUUGGAGAUAUUGAUAUUAAUUUUUAUUUUGCACAUCAAACUGAUCACACAAUUAAAUCUGAAAUUCCGUAUUUUCAUAAAAUUUAAGUCUUUUCACUGAUCCAUGUAACGUUCUAUGUGAUACGGAGAGAAAAAAACUCAUUCAUUGACAUACAUAUAAUUUAAUAUGAACCUCAAAAUGGUUUAAAUCAUUCAUCUUUAUAUUAUCAUACUGCA